UUUUUAUGGAAGUCACAGGAAGUGUAUGUAGCAGAUUGCACACUUUUAAAUUUUUAAUUCGUUUUUUAUCGAUGCUGGUGGUUAAAUCAGGAAAAUUCAGCGUAUGACGCCCAAGUUCUAACGGAAUUUUUGUGUUUCGUCAUUUUUUAGCCCGCAGAGAAGCUCUGCUCGCACAGGUUGUCCGUCGUGGAACGGUUGCGACCAUCAUGUAUCACGGUCGCUUGAGUUGGCAGUUCUGGCAGACCAGCGAUCGCGAUCAUUCCAAUUCCUCCGCAGCUGUUCGCCACUCUUCAAGGGACGAUAGUGGAGCAGGCAUAUCGGAAUGGAAUGUUGCGAUUUCUGUUCUUGUACAAAAGCUGCAUGAUAAAAGCCGCGAGAAGCUCUUGGCGGAUGUACUCCAUAAAUAUCGCAUGCUGGUUCGAAAGUACUUGGGAACAGAAAGUAUCCAGGAGCAGAUCGACGACUGCGCGGUGAAGUCUCUGUUGGUGUUUAUUGAAAGUCGAGGCCGUGUAACUGGGAAAAAAGAGCGCGAUGCACUGCGCAAAGUCUUCCAUACAUCGUUUGACCAAGAUCCCUUCAUCGAAGCCGCUGUGCCUUUGAUAAAGCAGCUGGUCCCCCUCAUUCCGGAGGAAGAAUGGGUCUGCUUGAAGGAAACGGUGGAGCGUGAACGUGGAGCAUCUUGUACCAAUAUAAAUACGCUGAUCGAUCAGUUUCAGAAUGUGAUAACUGCUGAUCUGGAUGCGACUGAGCAAAUUCCACGUCCCUCGGUGGAUAAUUAUGGAAUCAGUGCUCUCGCAAUGGAUACACCACCACCGCCACCGGUGGCUGUACAAGUCGAUGAAACGAGAGAAGAGAAGAGGCCGGUGGAAUUGCAGAAUGAACGUCCUAUGAAAGUUGUUGGAAAAUUUGCGGAAAAAUUAGAAGACGGUUCGGGAAGCGAUCUGGUGAAGCUGUUGAUUACCACGCAGUAUGAAAAAUCUGAAGGUGGCAAUGUGAGUGUCACUGAUCUCGUGUCCAUGGUGGAACCGCUUCUCACCGGGGGAAAACGAGAUGAUGAACUUCAAGAAGAGCUCGUGGAAAUGCUGGGAUUUCAAAAUCUGGAUUUGGUGACAUCCCUACUAACAAAUCGCAACGCGGUGCGAAGGAAUAAGGAGAAGGCUGCACGAAACAAAGGAAGCGGUCGCCCGGAACGUCCACUUUAUCAUUCACAAGUGGAAGUUCGUAAGAAAACUAAGAAUGAAAGCGAUGUCAAUGGCAUUUUGACGACUGAAGAAGAAGACGCUCGUUUGGCAGAAAAGUGGCAGAUGCAAGAAAUGCAGCGAGCUCAGAAAACCGAUUUGGAUUCUUAUGUGACGCGCACUUACCCUUUCGUUUUUGAUCAGCUGGCGGAGCUGAAAAAAUCAGCUGCUCUUUUUCAGGGCCAAAAGAUUGUUUUGCCGGACCACGUUGUUAACGAAAGGAAAUCCUGUCAGGAAAUAAUUGUUGAGGCACCAUCGAAGAACAGUAUCCCCGUUGAUCGACUGCCACCUCUCGUUCGUAUAAAGGAUAUGGAUGAGGUGAUACGAACUCUUUUCGAAGGCUACGAUUUCUUAAAUCAGAUACAAAGUGCAGUUUACCGUACUGCGUACACAACUAGUGAAAAUAUGUUAGUAUGUGCUCCUACCGGAGCCGGCAAGACUAAUACCGCCAUGCUGGCGAUUGCCCGGGAAAUCAGUCAGCAUAUGACGUCGCCUGGUGUUGUUGAUAAGAGCUUCAAGGUGAUUUACGUUGCUCCUAUGAAAGCUCUAGCAUCGGAAAUGGUAAGGACGUUUAGUGAAAGAUUGAAGUAUUAUAAGCUACGAGUGGAGGAAGUUACCGGUGACACACAAGUGGCAAUGCAUGACUUGGAAAAAACUCAGAUGAUUAUUACGACGCCAGAGAAAUGGGAUGUGAUUACAAGGAAAAGUGUUGGUGAUACCAAGUUGGUGGGACAAGUUUCGCUACUGAUCAUUGAUGAGAUUCAUCUACUGAAUGAUGAACGCGGUCCCGUCAUUGAAAGUCUAGUUGCCCGGACUAUUCGAAUGAUUGAAGAACAACAGAAAAUGAUACGCAUUGUUGGGCUUUCGGCAACACUUCCGACUUACGAAGAUGUUGCUGAUUUUCUUCACGUCAACAAAGAAGUUGGAAUGUUCUUCUUCGAUGGACGUUUUAGACCGGUGCCAUUGCGGCAAACAUUCAUUGGAAUGAAAACCGUGCCCGGGGGAAGAAACGACGUCGCGAUGGCGGAAGUUAUGUAUGAGAAACUGAUGGAGAACAUCAAAGGAGGGCAUCAGGUCCUGGUGUUUGUGCACGCUCGAAAUCAAACACAUCGCGUUGCCAAUACGAUACGCGAAAUGGCUGUUGAACAUGGGGAUAGUGCUUAUUUUAUUCCAAAUUCGAACGAUGAAGAUUACGACAAUAAGCACCUUGUCAGCCGAAUGGUUAUCAAGAAAAUGCAGGAUUUCUCUCAGAAGACAGCCAACAGAGAGUUAAAGACUUUGGUCAUGGAGGGUAUUGCGAUCCAUCACGCUGGAAUGGUGCGAUCAGAUCGAAGCGGUGUAGAAAGGCUUUUUAAAGAUGGAGGCAUCCGCGUCCUCGUUUGUACGGCUACACUGGCCUGGGGAGUCAACCUACCGGCGCACGCGGUGAUCAUUUUUGGUACGAAACUUUACCGCCCAGAAAAAGGCACCUACGAGGACAUCGAUGUGUUGGAUGUUCAGCAGAUUUUCGGGCGCGCGGGAAGACCACAGUUUGAUACCUCCGGACAUGGUAUAAUUAUUACCGAGCAUAAGUCAUUGCCCAAGUUUAUUUCCAUGCUUACCAGCAGUCAGGAUAUCGAAUCUCAGUUGCCAGAUCAUCUUGUAGAACACCUUAAUGCAGAAAUUGUGCUGCACAAUGUUACCAAAGUGUCGGAAGCGGUUGAUUGGUUAAGAUCUACGUACUGGUAUCGGCGCCUGCAUAAAAAACCAUUGAUUUAUGGGAUCGACAAAACAUUGGCAGAAACUGUGCCAAAUUACAUGGAGACAUGGUUUACAAAGAAGGUGACAGAAGCAGCAAAGACUCUGGAUCAAGCUAGAAUGAUUCGAUUUAAUGAACGGAACGGCUUCUUGAUGCCCACUCAGUUUGGAAAUAUCGCCAGUUGGUACUACAUUGAUGUGAAGACGAUGCUGACCUUUGCCGAUGAUGUGCAAGGCCUGCAUGACAAAAUGCAGGAAUAUCAGAUCUUAAGUUUGGUAUGCAAAGCCACUGAGUUCUCGCAAAUUAAAGUUCGGGAUGAGGAAAUGACUGAACUGGAUGAAUGGGAAGAAGAAUACGUUCAUCUACCGUUUGGCCAGGCUAUGGAAGAUUCAGAGAAGAAAGUUAAUGUCCUCAUUCAAUCUUAUAUAUCCCAUUGCCAGCCAAAAACUCAUUCGCUAUCGUCGGAUCUCUAUUACUGUCAGCAAAAUGCAGCAAGAAUUAUGCGAGCCGUUUUCCAAAUGGCGAUGUACAAGAAUUAUACUAACCUGGCCGACAGUGCUCUGAAUUUGUGCUUGUUUGUCGAAAAUCGCAUGUGGAUUUCCGAUCAUCCUUUAAAGCAACUGCAAGUGGAUUUACCUCUUUCCGUCUAUCAGCAUUUAGCGGCGAAACAUUUAACCAUCGAGCGUUUAAAAGACCUGGACGAAGUUGCUGUUGGCCAAUUGGUCCAUAAUCGUGCAGCCGGUCAGAAGGUGAAGCAUUUCGCGGACAUGUACCCUCUGUUGGACGUGGAAACAGUGACGAAACCAAUUGGCAAUGGUAUCAUCCAAAUUAUUCUGCGCAUAACGCCGAAUUUUGUUUGGAACGAUAAAGUUCUGGGAACCAAACGAGUACUUAAUUUUUGGAUUUGGGCGGAAGAUCCUGCUAACAACUGCACGUAUCAUACCCAGGAGUAUGCGUUACAGAAAACCAAGGUCCUGAAACACGAAAUAGAUCAAUUAGAUUUUGUCAUACCGUCCCACGACAAAUCGCGCCAGAUCCUGAUUCAUAUCAGAUCAGAUCGAUUCUUGCACUGCAAGCAUCAAUCACAUAUCAGUCUUGGGGCGCUGAAAGUGCCGAAAACAGGCGCGCUUAAUACAGCGAUAUUGCACCUCCGGCCCUUGUCGUUGAGCGCGCUACAUGACCCGGUUUUGGAAAGUCUCUAUUCGCAUAAGCAUUUCAAUGCCAUUCAGACUCAAGCCUUUCAUACUUUGAUGCACACCGACUUGAAUAUUUUGUUGGGUGCUCCAACUGGCAGCGGCAAGACUAUCGCAGCGGAGUUAGCAAUCUUUCGAGCAUUGAAAAUUACGAAAUGUAAAGUGGUAUAUAUCGCCCCUCUAAAGGCCCUGGUGAAAGAAAGAGUGGCAGAUUGGAAGGCACGCUUGGAAACGGUAGCGGGAUGGAAAGUUGUUGAACUGACAGGAGACACGACUCCAGAUAUACGCGCCAUCAAUGCUGCCCAUAUUAUUAUCUCUACUCCGGAAAAAUGGGAUGGGAUCAGUCGCAGCUGGCAGCAUCGAAGCUAUGUCCAAGACGUUAAAUUGCUAAUUUUCGAUGAAAUCCAUAUGCUGGGUGAGGAUCGAGGCCCUAUAAUCGAAGUUAUUGUAUCAAGAACCAAUUUUAUCGCAUCGUUUACACACCAGAAGGUACGCAUUAUUGGCUUGUCUACCGCUUUGGCCAGUGCGGAUGAUGUGGCUAGUUGGCUGAAUAUCUAUCCUGCCGGUUUGUUCAAUUUCAACUCAGCUGUCCGUCCGGUGCCUUUGGUAUACCACAUCUCCGGAUAUCCUGGCAAACACUACUGUCCCCGGAUGCAGUUGAUGAAUAAACCAACGUAUCAAGCAAUUCGAACGCAUUCCAAUGGAAAACCCGUACUGGUGUUUGUCUCUUCCCGGCGUCAGACACGCCUAACUGGCUUUGCUCUGCUAAGUUUUGCGGCACUCGACCAGGUAAAAUGGAACGGUACGACAGACGAAGAAUUAUCUCAUUUGACGUCGGAUGUUCGGGAUCCCGAUUUAAAGCAGCUGUUAAUGUAUGGCAUUGGUAUCCAUCACGCUGGUCUGCAUGAAAAAGAUCGUGUUACCGUCGAACAGCUGUUUCUAAAAGAAAAGAUUCUGGUUAUGAUCGCUACGGCCACUCUCGCUUGGGGUGUUAAUUUUCCUGCACAUUUGGUUGUCAUUAAGGGAACCGAGUAUUACGAUGGAAAAACGAAGCAGUAUGUUAAAAUGCCGGUAACUGAUGUCCUGCAGAUGGCGGGUCGAGCUGGACGUCCACAGUUUGACACGGAGGGUGUCGCGGUAAUUCUUUGCCACGAGCCAUUGAAGCAUUACUACAGCAAAUUUUUGCACCACCCGUUGCCCGUGGAGAGCCAGUUGCAGGAUGUUUUGCCCGACCAUAUCAAUGCUGAGAUUGUGGCGGGAACACUGAUCACCUUUGAAGGAACUCUGGAGUACAUGACCUGGACCUAUUUGUUCCGACGUCUUUUGGCAAACCCCGAUUACUAUUCCGUGAUUCGACCAAUUUCGCUUCAAAAUCCCGAAAAAGCUGCAAACAUGUUGGACGAUGACCCCGUUCUUGUUGCCGACGUAAAAAAUCAUGUUAAGAAGCUGAUUCUGGAUUGUUUGAUUGAUUUAAAAAAUUCCGGCUGUGUGGAGUACGACGAAAAUGAGGGAAGAAGGAAGUUCGAUGGAGACAUUCCGAACUUUCUCGUUUUCCCAACGUACCUUGGGACUAUUGCGUCUUAUUACUAUUUGAAACACGGCACCAUGCGAAUUCUUCAUGAAAGACUGACACCAAGUGCUAAGCUCUCUGAAGUUCUUUUGAUACUAUCGGACGUCCAAGAAUUCGCGCAGGUGCCAGUUCGCCACAAUGAGGAUGCCGAAAAUGGCCUUCUUUCUCGACAAGUGCCGCUGCCCGUUGAAACAUCUCGACUGGAUAGUUCACAUGCGAAAGUUUUCCUGCUGCUGCAAGUGUAUUUUUCUCGAAAUCAGAUUGCCAUGCCUAAUGCAGAUUAUGCAACGGAUCUGAAAAGCCAUGUUCUAGAUCAGGUUAUGCGCAUUAUACAGACUGCUCCGAGUGCAAGCAUUGCGGUACGAGGAUAUGACAGAAACGUUGCUGGAACACUUCCUGCACUAAUUCAUUACACCGCGUUAUCAAAAAAGAAUGAAAGCCAUCUGGGGACCCUACUGCGAAACAUAUGCCCACCUGGAAAAGGUCACGAUGACAAAAUUAUUGAGACUAUCCUUUCAUUUCCACUUUUGGAAGUAGAAUUAGGCCUGAAGAAGAAUGUGGAAGCAGAUUCUGGUGAUAAUACUGAUAGCAGCAUUCGCACCGUAAAUAUUGUUGACGACCGAAAUUUGUGGAUUGAUGUGGAAUGCGGGGGAACUUACGUGCUGGAGAUUAACUGCAUCCGUCUUUUAUCACGCAAAACCCCCGGUAGAAAGGUCGCUACAUCCCGGUUUCAUAAACCUAAGGACGAGGGCUGGUGGCUGCUACUCGGUGAAGUGGACAGUGGAGAAUUGUUGGCGAUGAAACGUGUCGGAUUCAUCUCACGCUCACUCAGUUCCUCAUUGCUUUUCUCAGCACCAUCCCAGCCUGGACGGGUGAUAUUGCAUUUUUAUUUGGUUUCCGAUUCAUAUUUUGGUUUGGAUCAACAGAUGGCAGUGCAGUUGCAAGCGGUCGAGCCUCACGUUGGUCUGUGAUAAUUUUAGCUGGUGAUUUUUGUAUGAUUCAGUGAGGUUUGGGACCGAUGGGAUAUUUUUACAGACUUUUAAUACACUAUGACUAUACGAAUGAAUGCUUUCGGUUUGUAAAACUUCAUAAAGUUCGAAAAUAAAUUACAAAGAUUUAGCAGAGAAGAAAAAGAGUAAAAUUUCUGACUG